GCUCCUAUUAUUUAACCACCACCUAUGGGGCCCUGGAGCACAUCAAGAACUACGACAAAAUCACCGUCACGCGGCAGCUGAGCAUGGAGGUGCAGGACUCCAUUCACCGCUGGGAGCGGCGGAGGACAUUGAACAAGGCCCGGGCUUCCCGCUCAUCAGUGCAGGAUUUCAUCUCUAUCUCCUUUCUGGAAAUCGGUGCUCAGUCAAGGACACUUGCUUCCCGCAACGACACCACGACUGAGCAGCUGAGCCAGCAGUGUGCCGAAAAGUUUGAAGUCACCCAUCCCAAGGACUAUGGACUCUUUGUUCAUGUUGAUGACCAGUGGCUGCAGCUAGACAAAGAUGCUCUUCCUCACCAUAUCAAAGCCUCCCUGCUGAAGAGUGAAACCAAGAAAGAUUUCCAUUUUAUUUAUAAACCAAUAGACCAUAAAUCCCCACCAGUUCCAAUUGUUAAAGGGUCAGACUUUCCCUGA